AUGGUGCUUCGUUGUCUGUUAAUUUUGUCUUCAUUGACAAUUAUCUGCAAAUCCCUUGAAGUUGGUGACGCGUGUAAACUGUCGAAUGGCAAAAAUGGAGACUGCAAAUUGGUAACGAAUUGUCCAAGUGCCAUUGAGCUAAUCAAUAGAAGACAGACACCGAUACUAUGCGGAUUCGAAGGUUUCACGUCCAUCGUCUGCUGCGAUGAAACUAGAAUCUUUACCAAUUCUCGGGAUUCACCUGGAAAAAAGAGCAAAGAUUAUUGUGAAUACAUAAAUCCUGCAACGAUAUCUGCGGUAGGAGGUGUUGACUCUUUGGUGAAAGAAUUUCCGCAUAUGGCUGCUUUAGGUGUUAUUAAUGGAGACGAGGUUAAGUGGUUGUGCGGAGGUAGUUUGAUCAACGAAAGGUUUAUCAUAACUGCAGCGCAUUGUCUCAUAUCAAGAGAUUUUGGAAUUUUAACGCACGUCCGAUUAGGUGAUUUAAAUUUGAAGUUGGAUACAGACGAUGCACAACCACAAGAUUACGGAAUCAAACGUGCCAUCAAAUAUCCAGAAUAUAAUAGGAAAACGUCAUAUCACGAUUUGGCGUUGCUCGAGUUGGACCGAAAUGUGAAUUUCACGGGUUACGUGAAACCGGCUUGCUUGAAUGUUGAUAAGAAUCCGACGAAUGGUCAAGUUUUGACUGCAACCGGUUGGGGCAGAACACAAUACGGAGGCGAUACUAGCGAUCAUCUGCAGAAAAUCGAAAUAUUCGAAUCCAAAAACUCCGACUGCAGUUUGAAGUAUAAGGAUGAUGCAAAACUGAAUUUGGGAAUCGUAGAUGAUUGGCAGAUUUGUGCAAGCGCUCCAGGAAAAGACACAUGUCAGGUAAUGACAGGUGAUUCCGGUGGACCACUUCAGAAGAACAACUUUUUCUAUCACACCAUUUAUGGUGUAACUUCGUUUGGUAAAGCCUGCGGAUUGGUUAACGUCCCCGGUGUUUAUACAAGGAUUUCCUAUUACAUUGAUUGGAUCGAAAAAAUGGUUUGGCCUAAUGGCAUCCACGAUGGUCUCGCUUAA